AUGACUUCCCUCCUCACGACUCUUGGCCUCCGAGCUUCACUAGACAGCAGAACCCCAAACCACGCACCCGCAUUCCUAGGCUUCCACUUCAUCUACGCCUACGGCAUCCUCUCAUCCCGCACACUGAAGCAAUGGUACGGCAUCGACCACCAGGCCUCACCCCGCGAAGACCUGGCCAAAUACGGCGAGGCAGCGGUCCGCGAGGGCAAAUUGACGCGCAAACAGCUGGAUAUGCUCAAGCGUAACGAGUCAGCGCAUGCUAAUUCCGUGGAGAAUUUCCCUCUGCUAGUUGCGGCUGUUCUCUUUGCAUCUCAUGCUGCUGUUCCUGCGCAGAAAAUAAAUGCUGCUUCGUUUUCUUAUACCAUUGCGCGGAUUGGGUAUGGGGCCGUUUAUAUCCUGGUUGAUCAUCCGAAGUGGAGUCAUCUUCGAGGGCUGAUGUGGUGGUGGGGAAAUGUGAGUUGUUUAUACUUGUUGUGGAAGGCUGGGCAGUUAUUGGUCUGA